UAAAUGACACAGCUACUGUCGUUUCAGUGGGAUAUGACUCUUUCCUUCUCUUUGAUGACAUGACUAUUUCGAGUAUCUUUGUUUGGUUUCCUUUAUUUCGCCACUAUUCUCUUGACUCGGCCUUGAAAUUGAACUCAAAGACUCUAGGAGAUCACACCUUGCGCUCUUAGAAAAGAGCCAACGGUGAAGAUCCAACUCGAAAUACCAGGCUAAGUAUGGCCUCGGAAACGAAAACACACACACAACCCCCUCAAUACAGUACUAUAUAUGACGAAAACAAUAUCGCGAAGACGAAAUAUGACCCUAUCCGCAUCCGCACCACCGAUCAUUUACUCCAGACCCCCAUCGCACAGGCGCUCCUAGUCCAAGACAUUAGUGACAAUGUCUCCGAGUUUGAACCAGUACUUAAAGGCGAAAAAUCCUUCACAGAUUGGGUUGCAGAGCGCGUGCGCAAGUUUAUUUCUAUUUCGAUCGAAAAAACAGACGACCAGAGCAAGCGCAAUGUCUUGUUAUCGCACAUUCUGCAUACCGGUGUUGCGGCACUAUUUUUUUUCCUUCAGUCGAACGUGACAGGUCCUCCAUUAGAGUUUGAUUCUGCGGCUGUCAUUUUAGGAGAGAAAGUUACAAGUGAUAGGUCGGUUUUGGAUGCUAUUAGGACAAAAAUGUUAAGGGAUUUAUCUGUGGAUGGAGAGGCCGUGUAUCCGCUUACGCCAAAUAUUGAACUGUUCUGCCUAGCGAAAGCGAUUUUGGUUGACUCUGGAGUAUUAGUCACUGAAGGUUCGCCCCUUGUCGCAACAACGGCGAGAGCGAGGGUCAAUUUCUUGCACCAGAAGAUGCUGUCUGAAGUGACAGGAACAUUACAAAAAGCAAUCUAUGAUGACCUUGAUGUUCUUGCUGCCGACGUGCUAGGAAAAGAGAUUGGCUCCUCAGGUGGAGAGAAGGCAGCAUUCCUACUCGAAAGGGCUACGAUACAUACGCAUCACGGAUUUGAUCAUAAGGCAAGAUUGGAUUUAGAACAGGCUGCAGUGGAGAAUGGCUUUGAAUUUGCGUUGACUGGCAAGCUGGGGAAACGGACUAAAUUCCAGGACCGAGAUAUCAGUCAACUGGUCGUCCUGGCAAAGAGUGCAGAUACAACAGAUCCAGUACCCACUAAGGUAACCUCUAGAGUGGAAAAGGAAGAACAAUCCGGAGUGUCUCAACCUAAAGCACUCGAUCUCAAUGAUGAUACUCUUCUUGAAACAAUUGCUUUCGCAAAAGAAGGCAACAAACCAGAAAAGAUCACUACGGUACAGGAUGAAUCCUCAUUGCCUGCUGCUCUAGUAUCAAUCGACCCAUCAGAUCAACCAAAGCUGAAUCCGCUUGAUUCCUCUUUGCUCCUCGCAAUUGCCUCCGCAAUCACAAACAAUUCCCCCGAACACGGAUUGACCCGUGAAGAGACUCAGCCUUAUGCCACACGCAUCAUCGAGGGUGGCAGUUCUAAUUGGCAAAUAUACACACAGGCACUUCUCGUUCGAAGUCGAUGUGAAGCAUACAAGUCGCGAACAGUGGAGAGAGGCGUGCUGCAAAUGCAAGCGCUAGUUGAUCAGGUCAUUGCUGAUACAGCGACCAGCGACUCAGCCGUGGUACGCAGCCACACAGUCACUAAUGAACAAGAGAACCAGCCCACAACUUUCUUGCCAAGACCCCAAGAGUCAGAAUCUGCAACAGCCGAAGAACGAAUGGAAUAUAUUUGGACAUUAAACUUUCAGACAAGAUGGAAUCUUGAAGCAGAAUUGGCUCAACGAUGGGUUAGCCUCGGUGGACUGAGAACCGCUUUGGACAUCUACGAGCGGCUAGAAAUGUGGGCAGAAGUAGCGCUCUGCUAUGCUGCAACGGAACGAGAAGAGAAAGCUAAAGCCAUUGUCCGGCGGCAAUUGUAUCACCCAACAAACGGAAAUAAGCCAGAGGAUGAAGAAAAUGAGAGAUAUGAAGGCCCAGAACUCUCUCCCUUACCAGUAGAUGCCCCGCGUUUGUUCUGCAUCUUGGGAGACGUUAAUGAGGAUCCGGAUAUGUACGAACGAGCGUGGGAUGUUUCUGGACAACGAUAUGCACGCGCACAACGUUCUCUAGCUAGGCUCUAUCUGAAGUCUCAGCCUCCCAUUCUUGACAAAGCUGAGGAAGCGUACAAGAAGAGUUUGAAAAUCAACCCAUUGAACCACGGGGCAUGGUUCGCGCUGGGGUGUGUGCAGCUUAACCGAGAGCAAUGGGACGAUGCUGUAGAAUCCUUUACUCGCACCGUUCAACUCGAGCAGGACGAUGCAGAGGCAUGGAGUAAUCUUGCUGCUGCUUUAUUAAAUGCCUCCUCGAACAGCGAAUCUACUGCGAAAAAGGCGGGAGAAGCCAUUUCCUCGGAGCUAUUACCAGCUGAUAUUAAAGCUGAGGACGAGGAAGAAUCUGAAAUGACCGAAGCCAAAAAACCAGAUCCCUACAAGCACACCCGUGAUGCCCUCACAGCACUUCAUCAUUCUGCACGACUUAAACAAACAGAUCACCGCAUUUGGGACAAUAUACUCACAGUGGCUUCUUCCUUACCCGCUCCAUUAACCCCAUACAAAGACAUUGUAUUCGCCCAACGGAAAGUUGUCGAACUUGUCUCUCCCAAAAAGGGAGAAAAGGCUGUCGACCUAGCUAUUCUAUCUAUGCUAGUAGACCACCUCGUCAACAAUUUCGAAUACGAGGGCCUUCUCAUCCCAGUUGACGGUACAGACCAAAAGAUCCUACGUAGCGGCACAGUUCCAGGUCAGAUUCUAAGCCUUAUCGACAAUGCCAUCGUUCCUCUAAUCACCCACUCGGCUCCCCUCUGGCUUCUGGUUUCUAAGGUAGAAUUGUUCCGCAAUCAGCCUAGCAAAGCUCUGGCUGCGCAGGAAAAAGCAUGGCGUGCAACAGUUUCCACCUGCACGCAACCUGCGUUCCAAAUGGGCGAUGAAAAGAAGUGGAAGGAGAUUGUAAAGGCCACGGAGCGACUCGUCAGAGAUGGAUAUGCAAGGAUGGGCGGCAUGGCGAAAGAAGGGCAAGGAGAAGACGGCGAGGAGUUGGUUGCUGCUGAUUGGAGAUUCAAGAGUCGGAGUGCGGUAAGAGGAAUACUGGGUAAAGGUAAAGAGUUCUUUGAAGGGACUGAUGGGUGGAUGCAACUUAAAGAGUUACAGGAAGAGAUUACUGGAUAAGUAUAAUUAUAGAUCAUAUAGAUAGCGAUCUUGCGACAAUAAAUGUCUACGAAAUACAACUCAGAGCGCACUGCCGAAUCUUUCAAAACUUCUAAAAAAUUU